AUGACAGAACCCAACCCCCCCACCGACCUGGGCAAACUCCGCGUCCUCUCCUCUACAGCCUCCAUCCAUGUCUCCCCCCUCGUGCUGGGCGGCAUGUCCAUCGGCGAUGCCUGGGCCGGCGGCAUGGGCUCCAUGGACAAAGAAGCCUCCUUCAAGCUGCUCGACUGCUACUUCGAGGCUGGCGGAAACUUCAUCGACACAUCCAACAACUACCAAGACGAGCAAUCGGAGCAGUGGAUCGGCGACUGGAUGACCGCUCGGAAAAAUCGCGACCAAUUGGUCAUCGCCACAAAGUAUACCACGGGCUACAAAAAUUACGAAUUGGGCAAGGGCAAGACACCAAACCAUGUGGGCAAUAGCAGGCGCUCGCUGCACAUGAGUGUGCGCGACAGUCUCAAGAAAUUGCAGACGGAUUACAUUGAUAUUUUGUAUUUACAUUGGUACGACCAGCUCACCAGCGUCGAAGAGAUUAUGGAUUCUCUGCAUAUCCUUGUUGAGCAAGGGAAAGUCUUGUAUCUUGGUAUCUCAGAUUCUCCGGCCUGGCUCGUUUCCGCAUGCAACUAUUACGCGCGCGCGCAUGGCAAGACUCCAUUCUCAAUCUACCAGGGACGAUGGAACGUGAUGCUCCGCGAUUUUGAGCGUGAGAUCAUCCCCAUGGCGCGCUAUUUCGGCAUGGCGCUUGCGCCAUGGGAUGUCCUUGGAGGCGGCAAGUUUCAGUCUCGCAAGGCGCUCGAGGAGCGCAAAUCGCAGGGUGAGGGGCUUCGCACACUCUUCGGCUCAAGCGGCGAACAGAGCGAGAAGGAAACGAAGAUUUCGGAAGCGCUCGCAAAAGUUGCCGAAGAGCACAACACGGAUUCUGUGCAGGCUAUUGCUCUUGCCUACGUAAUGAGCAAAGCGCCUAGAGUCUUUCCGAUUGUGGGUGGGCGUAAAAUUGAACAUCUCAAGAGUAAUAUUGAGGCACUGAAGAUCAAGCUUACGCCGCAACAAAUUGAGCAGCUAGAAAGUGUGGUCGCGUUUGAUAUUGGGUUCCCCAGUAAUUUUAUGGGACCUAAUCCUAGGGUUACUGGUAAGACGAGUGGGUGGCUCAUGGGUGAGCCGGUCAAUUUGACGUUCGGGGCGCCGGACUAUGAUUAUGCUUGA